AACAGGUAUUGAGAAUAAGUGAAGGAUAUUAAGAAAGAUUUUUUUGUGAAAAGAUCCAAUAGACCGCAAAUAAGAUAAAAUCCAGCAAAAAGGCUUGUAUUAGUAUAUCUUCAGCAUCAAAUGCUUAUACCCGAAACAAAUUUGAGAGAGAGAUAGACAGAUGGAGAGGACUAAUCCACAACAUCAAGUUUUCGUCAGUUUCCGUGGCAGAGACGUUCGCAGCAACAUCUUCAGCUUCUUGAAAGAAAAAUUGAAAGAUGAAGACGUCAACGUGAUGACGGACGAGGACAUGGAUAGAGGAAAAAAGAUCGAUGAGAAUCUACUAAAGCUGAUAAGAGACUCGAAAGUGGCGGUGGUGAUCUUCUCAGAGAACUAUGCACAGUCGCCUUGGUGCUUGGACGAGCUAGUGGAGAUCGAGAAGCAAAUGGAGCUAAAGAAUCUUGAUCCUCUUCCCAUCUUCUUCGAGGUUAGAGCCUCACAUGUAACACUUGAGGAACAUAAUCCUUUCAAAGACAUUCUACUGCGGUUGGAAGACGACGAACGAGAAAAGGUCAGAAAAGACGGUAAGAAGGCGUUAGAGGAUGCAGACAAGAGGUUUGUCAGGUGGAGGGGAGCUUUGAAAUCUAUAGCGGGUCAUACGGCCUUGACGUAUAAAAAGGACAGCAACCAAGCCCUCUUUGUCAACGACAUCGUGAAGGCUGUGAAGAAAAUGUUAGGCGAAGUACGAUCAUCAGAUGAUGUGCAUGACCGGAUCUGGGCACAACAUAUUGUGCCACAACAAAAAGUGUUCAUCAGUUUUGGGGGUCAUGAUGGUGACAUCCGCCCUGGUUUCAUUUAUCAUCUCCAAGCUGGCUUGGAAAGAAGUGGAAUCAACUUUUACAUAAAUAUUGAAAACAUGACUAAAGGAUAUGACAUCGAAAAGCUUAUUACGAAUGUCCGAGAGUCGAGGAUAGCGCUUGUGAUCUUCACUGAGCGCUACCUGAGAUCUGCAUGGUGCUUGGAGGAGCUAGUGGAGAUCAACAAAUGCACGAUGUACGGUCUUAUAGUCAUUCCAAUAUUCUACAAAGUUGACCCGAAAUAUGUAAGGAAUGGGGAGCUAGUGGAGAUCUACAACCAGCUACUCUCGAAUUGGGGAGCUACGGACGCCAGGAUCGACAGAUGGAAGCAUGCUCUUAACUCAGUUGGACACAGGGUUGGUCUUGUGUCUGCAAACCUAGGCUCGGAGGCACGAUUCGUUGAAUCUAUCAUCGAUGCAACUACGCGGAUGUUAGCCAAUACUUCAUCCAGCUAAAGAGAAUUUAUUUCCACCCAUUCUAGGAUCUUCAUGGUCCUCAUCUGCGUUUCCAGUUAUCUUUAUAUGGCAUGCGUGCAUCUGUAUUGAACUUAUCUAUCUUAUUAAAUCAGAAACAUUACAACUU